CGCCCUACGGACUAGACAACACGUUUGGGCUAACCAGCAUGGCUGACGAGGCAGAAAGAGAUACAGAGAUAAAUAGAGAUGAUACACUCGAACCUUCGAGUAGUAAUGAUAAUAACGAUCAUAUUAAUGUGGGCGAACAUGAUGUCCCAGUGAAGACCUUCAAGGAUUUAGGUGUGACGGAAGUGCUGUGUGAAGCCUGUGACCAGCUGGGAUGGAAGACUCCUACGAAGAUCCAGGUGGAGGCCAUUCCGGUAGCACUGCAGGGGCGCGAUGUGAUAGGUCUGGCAGAGACGGGUUCAGGGAAGACGGGAGCUUUCGCCCUGCCCAUCCUGCAGUCCCUCCUGUCGUCUGCCCAGCGGCUGCACACACUGGUCCUCACCCCCACCAGAGAGCUGGCUUUCCAGAUUGCAGAGCAGUUUGAAGCCCUGGGCUCCAGCAUUGGGGUCAAGUGUGCUGUCAUCGUAGGAGGAAUCGACAUGAUGUCUCAGUCCCUGGUAUUGGCCAAGAAACCGCACAUCGUCAUUGCCACACCAGGAAGACUGAUUGACCACAUGGAGAACACCAAGGGCUUCUCCCUCCGAGCAUUGAAGUUUCUGGUUAUGGACGAAGCCGACCGCAUCCUCAACAUGGACUUUGAGACUGAGGUUGAUAAGAUCCUGAAAGUUAUUCCCAGAGACAGACGCACGUACCUUUUCUCCGCUACCAUGACCAAAAAGGUUCAGAAGCUGGAGCGCGCCGCUCUGAAGGAUCCAGUGAAGUGUGCCGUGUCCACCAAGUAUUCCACCGUGGAGAAGCUGCAGCAGUAUUACGUAUUCAUCCCCUCCAAGUACAAGGACUGCUAUCUGGUGUCCAUCCUGAACGAGCUGGCUGGCAACUCCUUCAUGAUCUUCUGCAGCACGUGCAACAACGCCCAGAGGGUGGCGCUGUUGCUCAGGAACCUGGGGAUCACCGCCAUCCCUCUGCACGGGCAGAUGAGCCAGAAUAAACGCCUCGGAGCGCUGAACAAGUUCAAGUCCAAGUCGCGCUCGGUGCUGCUGGCGACCGACGUGGCGUCCAGAGGACUGGACAUCCCACACGUGGACUGUGUCAUCAACUAUGACAUCCCUACUCAUUCCAAGGACUACAUCCACAGAGUGGGCAGGACAGCCAGAGCUGGACGGUCUGGAAAAUCCAUCACGUUUGUCACACAGUAUGAUGUGGAGUUGUACCAGCGAAUCGAGACGCUGAUCGGGAAGAAGCUGCCCGCCUUCCCCACACAGGAAGAGGAAGUGAUGAUGCUGGUGGAGAGAGUCAGCGAGGCCCAGCGAUACGCCAGAAUAGAAAUGAAAGAACAGGGGGAGAAAAGGAAAAGACCCAGAGGAGACGGAGAGGGGGAUGACACCGAGCAGUCCAGCGGCGUGAGGAAGAAAGUGAGAGGAGGUGCUGGUGGAGGAGGAGGAGGCGGAGGAGGAAGAGGAGGCGGCGGCGGAGGAAGAGGAGGCAGAGGAAGAGGAGGAGGAGGAGGAAAAAGUCAGGGGGGAGGAGCAUGGAGGGGCGGUCAUUGAUUGGAGGAUUGAUCUAGACUGUACAUAAUCCCAUGAUGUAAUGCUUUCCAUGACGCACCUAAUAGACAAGCUAUUUAAUUCCUAAAUACCUUCUGUUACCUUAAUGUCUGAUUCUCAUUUGUAAUAAAAUGUUAGUGUUGUCUCAA